UUGAUUGGACAAUUACAGAUCGAACGACCAAUGCCAAUGGUUCCAAUUCAAAAUCUCAAUCCUCAAAUCGACGAAUUCUCGUCUCGUCUUCUCUCCACCACAUCGUGCUCCGAUCACUCCUCCUCCUCUGCUGCUGCCGCUCCGCCGAGGCAAUCUCCGCCGUCGUCUUCUUCCUCAGAGAUGUGGAACUACAUCUGGAUUCCGUUCCUGAUCUCGCUUUGGAAGGAUAUCAGUGUGGCGAAGGCCACCGAGACGCCGGCGGCCAUUCUCCUCCCGAGUCAACUCGGCGGAGAGGACGAUUCACGCGCCGUUGACCUCCGGAGUCAUGUGUGCCCGUCGCUGAACCCAAACCUGAACUACCAGCCGGUGAUCGGAAUCCUGAGUCAUCCCGGCGAUGGCGCGUCGGGACGACUAAACAAUGCGACGAACGCGUCGUACAUCGCGGCGUCGUACGUAAAGCUCGCUGAGGCCGGUGGAGCUCGUGUGAUUCCACUCAUCUACAACGAGCCUGAAGAAGUGCUCUUCCAGAAGCUAGAGCUCGUCAAUGGCGUGAUAUUCACUGGAGGCUGGGCUAAACGUGGAUUGUAUUAUGAAACCGUAAAGAAAAUCUUCAAUAAAGCUUUGGAGAGAAAUGAUGCUGGAGAGCAUUUUCCGGUAUAUGCUAUUUGUCUUGGGUUCGAGCUGUUGUCGAUGAUCAUAAGCCAGGAUAGAAACAUUCUUGAAGAAUUUGCCGCGGAAGAUGCUGCAUCGACUCUCCAGUUUGUCGAGAACAUUAAUAUUGAAGGAACUGUUUUCCAGAGAUUUCCUCCACAAUUGCUGAGAAAGCUCAGUACCGACUGCUUGGUUAUGCAGAACCAUCGGUAUGGUAUCUCACCAGAAAGACUCCUUGGAAAUCCUGCUUUGUCAAGUUUCUUUAAUAUCCUCACAACCUGCAUUGACGAGCACGACAAGACUUAUGUCUCGACAGUUCAAUCGAAAAGAUAUCCGGUGACCGGCUUCCAGUGGCAUCCCGAGAAAAAUGCAUUUGAAUGGGGAUCAUCCAAAAUCCCACACUCCGAGGAUGCAAUCCAGGUCACUCAACAUGCUGCAAAUUAUUUGGUCAGUGAAGCUAGGAAGUCACUGAACAGACCACCAUCUCAGAAAGUGCUAGAGAACCUAAUCUACAACUACAGCCCUACAUACUGCGGAUAUGCAGGGAGGGGUUUCGACGAAGUAUACAUUUUCACUCAGCAGAGAUCCCAUAUAUAAGAAUUGGUAAGCGCUUCGGUGUUCAUAUUCGUAUUCCCGGUGAGAGUAAUGCUUCUUUUGUUGUGCAUAUGUGUAAAUGAAGAUUUCUCUGUAACUGGGACCUGCUAUAUGUAUGUAUGUAUGUAUGUAUGUAUGUAUGUAUGUAUGUAUGUAUGUAUGUAUGUAUGUAUGUAUGUAUGUAUGUAUGUAUGUAUGUAUGUAUGUAUGUAUGUAUGUAUGUAUGUAUGUAUGUAUGUAUGUAUGUAUGUAUGUAUGUAUGUAUGUAUGUAUGUAUGUAUGUAUGUAUGUAUGUAUGUAUGUAUGUAUGUAUGUAUGUAUGUAUGUAUGUAUGUA